AUGUCGCAAAAGGCCCUUCUCGGCCUCCUCAUGAUGGGCUCGGCCACCCUGGCCCAGGAGAUGGAAUCUCCUCAAGUGGGCCUUACCUUCAACUACGGAGCUGACAAGGUCCGUGGUGUCAACCUCGGUGGUUGGCUUGUGCUGGAGCCUUGGAUCACCCCAUCGAUUUUUGAUGCUGUUGGCGAUGCGGCUGUUGACGAGUGGUCCCUGUGUGCCACCGCUGGCGCUGAUAUGUGCCGGGAUAUGUUAAAUCAGCACUGGAGCAGUUUCAUUACCCAGGAUGACUUCAACCAGAUCGCCGCCGCGGGCAUGAACCAUGUUCGUAUUCCCAUCGGCUACUGGGCUAUUACGCCCCUGGAGGGCGACCCAUAUGUCGAUGGUCAGCUACAAUACCUGGACCAAGCUGUCGACUGGGCUCGUGGUGCUGGCCUCAAGGUCCUCGUUGACUUGCACGGUGCCCCCGGCUCCCAGAACGGCUUUGACAACAGCGGGAAGCGUGGUGCUAUUGAGUGGCAGACGGGAAACACCGUUGAGCUCACCCGCACUGCUCUCGAGACUCUGGCUGCCCGCUACGGUGGUGAUGCCGAUGUUGUUACCGCGGUUGAGGCUCUGAACGAGCCUAGCAUUCCCGGUGGAGUGAACGAGGACGGCUUGAAGCAGUACUACUAUGACUCCUGGGGUGUCGUCCGUGAGGCCAGCCAGGAUACCACCGUUGUUCUUCACGAUGGUUUCAUGCCCACUGAGUCUUGGAACGGAUUCAUGAGCGAGUCAACCGGUGUCUGGUACGUGAUGAUGGACACUCACCACUACGAAGUCUUCGACUACGGCUUGCUCGCCUUGGACACCGCCUCCCACGUUAGCACGGCUUGCGGCUUCGUCAACGACCACGUUCUGCACUCCGACAAGUGGACCGUUGUUGGCGAGUGGACCGGUGCCAUGACUGAUUGUGCCAAGUACCUGAACGGGAAGGGUAUCGGCGCCCGCUACGACGGCACCUUCGCUGGCAGCGAGGGCGCCAUUGGUACCUGCGACGGCAAGUCCGAAGGCAACGUCUCCGAUCUUUCCGAGGAGGACCGUGCCGACAUCCGCCGCUUCAUUGAGGGUCAGCUGGAUGCUUAUGAGAAGGGCAACGGCUGGCUCUACUGGACCUGGACGACCGAGGGCGCCCCUGAGUGGGACAUGAAGCAGCAGCUUGCCGCUGGUGUCUUCCCCAACCCUGUCACCAGCCGCCAGUUCCCCGGCCAAUGCUAG